AUGACUGAAGGAUCCUUUGUCUGCAGCUGUUUGUCGGGCUACAGGCUUGAUGCAGGCAACCAGAGGAUGUGUUUGGAUAUCGACGAGUGUCUAGAAAACUCAAGAAUUUGUGACUCGGAUGUUGAAAUCUGUAUUAACACAGUGGGCAGCUACGUAUGUUCGUGUAAGAAAGGAUUCGCAAGGAAUGCCUAUUCGAUUUGUCAAGAUAUAGAUGAAUGUAAACUGAAGAUAGACAAAUGUGAGCAGAUUUGUGACAACAAUGUUGGCUCCUAUAGCUGUCUGUGUCAGCAAGGACUAUAUCUUUCUGACAAUAGGCUUUCUUGUGUAAAAGCUACUGACCCAUGUAUAAAUCAAAGUCUCAACUGUAGUUAUGGCUGUAGCGUUGAUUCUGACAGUAAAGCUUCUUGUUUCUGCCGUAGGGGUUAUGCACUGAAAGAUAAAUUCAAAUGCGAAGAUAUCAAUGAGUGCCUGUCAAACGGGGACAACUUCUGUUACAACAAAACCAGCUGUGACAACACAGACGGCAGCUAUACAUGCUCUUGUCCUGCAGGUUCAAAGCUGGACAAUGAUGCUCGCUCUUGUAUUGGUUGUAGAGGAGAAACUUGGGGCCUAGAGUGUAAUAACUCAUGCAGGUGUGGACCUGGGGCAGAUCACUGUGAUGUCGUCACUGGCUGUGUCUGCAAAUCUGGCUUCACAGGAACGUACUGUACGGCUGACAUUGAUGAGUGCAGUAACGGUGUCCUCAAGUGUGGCGGCAAUGAAGUUUGUGUUAACCUACUUGGAUCUGCAAAAUGUGAAUGUGUUUCUGGCUUCACUCGAGAAGAUGGGGAAUGUCAAGACUUCAAUGAAUGUUCCAAUGUUGCAAACAACAGCUGCCAGCAGCUAUGCACCAACGUUGUAGGGAGCUACACCUGCUCGUGUUUCCAAGGCUACUGGUACAACACGACAACCAACGCUUGCUUAGACGUAGAUGAAUGCCAGCUAGGAAAGUCCGGAUGUCAACAGACGUGCGUCAACACUGACGGGGGAUACAGCUGUUCCUGUAAGACAGGGAUGAGGUUACUGCCAGACGGGCGGGGGUGUGUUUUGGCGAUUGAAACGCAAAAAAUAAAAAUAACGUUUAAUCUAGACGCCUCAAGACUUACUCUAGAAGAUAAAUUGAGCAACGACUACUACAAAACAAAAUUGAUGUUGGAAUCUGAGCUUUACAGGGCAUUGAAAUCAACUGGUUUGGCCGUUAUAAACGUCACAGUUUUGAAUCUGAGUAAAGGAAGUCUGAUAGCUGACCUAGAGAUAUCUUUCGAUGCAGGCGACAGUAAAGACAAUACUUUAGACCAUGCCCUGAAGCAGUUAAUGGCUGGCGGAUUGGUUAUCAACAAUUCCACUGUUACAUUUGUAUACGCUACUAAUUAUAACAUCGGAGUACAACAGAACCUGGGCAUUGAAGUUGGAGUAAGCGUCUCUGUGACAGUUGUUGUGGCAGUUAAAGUAGGGCUCUUUGUUCGAUGGUGCAAAAAAAGAAAAAAAAGCAGUUAACAACCAUCUACA